CCAAAAAAAAAAAAAAAAAAUUUUUAAUAUGUUGUACAUACACAAAAAACGCGAUAAAUAUACGUUUUGGUAAAUUUUAGUUAGCAAACUAGUGAAUUUUGUAUAAUGAAGUAAUUAAAAAUAAAAAAAUCAAGAUGUCGCUGGAAAUACCUUUAAUGAGCACCGACGAGGUGAUUGACCUGGAUCCAGAACAAUUACCUUCCGGCGAUGAAGUGCUCAGUAUUUUACAACAAGAACGCUCACAACUCAAUGUUUGGAUUAAUGUUGCACUCGCAUAUUACAAACAAAAGAAAAUCGAUGACUUCCUCAAGAUCCUGGAAGCAUCACGUACAGAUGCCAACAUUGACUAUCGGGAUUUCGAAAGAGAUCAGAUGCGGGCUCUCGACAUGUUGGCCGCAUACUAUGUGCAAGAAGCUAACAAAGAGAAGUCAAAAGAUAAAAAAAAAGAACUAUUUACAAAGGCAACAUUAUUGUACACUAUGGCGGAUAAAAUUAUUAUGUAUGAUCAGAACCAUCUUCUUGGUAGAGCAUAUUUCUGCUUAUUGGAAGGUGACAAAAUGGAACAGGCUGAUGCUCAGUUCAACUUUGUCCUAAAUCAAUCCCCAAAUAAUGUGCCUUCAUUGCUCGGUAAAGCUUGCAUAGCUUUCAAUCGUAAAGAUUACAGAGGGGCACUUGCUUUUUAUAAGAAAGCACUUAGAACAAAUCCAGACAGCCCAGCCGCUUUGAGACUGGGUAUGGGACAUUGUUUUAUGAAGCUGAAUAAUCAGGAGAAAGCCAGGAUGGCCUUUGAAAGAGCUUUACAAUUAGAUCCACAAUGUGUAGGUGCUUUAGUGGGACUUUCCAUUUUAAAAUUAAAUCUGCAGGAGAGUGAAUCAAACAAAAUAGCAGUUAUUAUGUUGUCUAAAGCCUAUGCUAUUGACCCAAAAAAUCCUAUGGUUCUAAAUCAUUUGGCCAAUCAUUUUUUUUUCAAAAAGGACUACAACAAAGUGCAGCAUUUAGCUUUACAUGCCUUUCACAAUACUGAAAACGAAGCCAUGAGAGCUGAGAGCUGCCACCACUUGGCGAGAGCCUUCCACGCGCAAGGAGACUGCGAUAAGGCCUUCCAGUAUUAUUAUCAAGCCACACAGUUUGCGCCACCUAAUUUUGUACUUCCCCAUUAUGGACUAGGACAAAUGUAUAUUUACAGGGGGGACACGGAAAAUGCAGCACAAUGCUUUGAAAAAAUACUCAAAGCUCAGCCUGGUAACUACGAGACAAUGAAGAUAUUGGGCUCGUUGUACGCCAAUUCGCCAUCGCAAUCAAAACGUGACAUCGCUCGGCAACACUUGAAGAAGGUCACGGAACAGUUUCCAGACGACGUGGAAGCUUGGAUAGAGUUGGCUCAAAUAUUGGAGCAAAAUGAUUUACAGGGUUCCCUAAACGCUUACAGUACUGCUAUGAAAAUUUUAAAGGAGAAAGUAAACGCUGACAUACCAGCCGAAAUAUUAAAUAAUGUUGCAGCCCUACAUUACAGAUUAGGAAAUUUGAAUGAAGCGAAAAAAUAUCUUGAAGAAGCUCUUGAAAGAGAGAAAUCUGAUGCAGAGGCAUUAGACGCACAAUAUUACAAUUCAAUAGCAGUGACGACAAUGUACAACCUGGCGAGGUUGAACGAAGCUUUAUGCAUGUACAACAAAGCUGAGAAACUUUAUAAAGACAUACUGAAGGAGCAUCCAAACUAUAUUGAUUGUUAUUUAAGGUUAGGAUGUAUGGCUCGCGAUAAAGGUCAGAUAUAUGAAGCUUCAGAUUGGUUCAAAGAAGCUCUGAAAGUGAACACAGAACAUCCUGACACAUGGUCGUUGUUGGGAAAUCUCCAUUUGGCUCAACAAGAGUGGGGUCCUGGACAAAAGAAGUUUGAAAGGAUUUUACAGAACUCUUCAACUUCCAACGAUGCUUAUUCUCUCAUUGCUCUUGGAAACGUGUGGCUUCAAACCCUUCAUCAGCCAUGUCGUGAGAAGGACAGGGAAAAAAGACAUCAAGAACGCGCCCUAACGAUGUACAAGCAAGUUUUGAAAACCGAUCCGAAGAACAUCUGGGCUGCAAACGGAAUCGGUUGUGUGUUGGCUCAUAAGGGCUGUAUAAACGAAGCACGCGACAUAUUCGCACAGGUGCGCGAAGCGACGGCGGACUUUCCCGACGUAUGGAUGAAUAUUGCACAUAUUUACGUUGAACAAAAACAGUACAUUAACGCCAUACAGAUGUACGAGAACUGCAUCCGCAAGUUCCGCAUGCAGCACGACGUGGAGUGGCUGACGUGGGUGGCGCGCGCGCAGGGGCUGGCGGGGCGGGCGCGGUGCGCGCGGGGGGCGCUGCUGCGGGCGCGCCGCGUGGCGCCGCACGACCCCGCGCUGCAGUACAACACGGCGCUCACGCUGCGCCGCCGCGCCGCCGCCGUGCUCAAGGACGACCGCGCCGACCUCGCGCUCGUGCUGCGCGCCGUGCACGAGCUGCAGGUCUCGCACAGAUACUUCGAGCGGCUAUCAUCUGAGGGCGCGGCAGAGGGCGGCGCGGGCGCGGCGGGGGGCGGCCCGUGGGGCGGGGCGGCGGUGGAGGCGCGCACGUGCGCGGACCUACUGUCGCAGGCGCAGUGGCACGUCGCACGUGCGCGCAGACAACACCACGAGGAGCUGUCGCUGCGGGACAAGCAACGGGAACAGCGAGAGGCUUUCCGCAGGCAACAGGAAGAGGAGCGGCGGAUUCGCGAAGAACAACAACAGAAGAGCACCGUCGAGAUGCUCCAGAAGCGACAGGAGUACAAGGAGAAGACGAAAAACGCGCUGCUGUUCACCGAGAUGCCGGAGAGCAAGCCCCGGGGCGGGGGGAGGGGGAGGAGGAGAGACGAGUACAUAUCGGACUCGCCUGGAAGUGGGAGCGAUCGUCCGCCUGAAGAAAAACGCGAGGCCAAACAGAAGAAGCGUAAACGCGAAGGCGGCGAAGGGAAGAAAGGCAAGUCUAGGAAGCGCAGGGAGCAGCGCGGCUCCGGCAGCGACAGCGACCCGCCCAGGAAGAAGGGCAGGAAACGGGGUGAAAAGGGCAUCGGUCGCCGGGAACGCGCCAAAGCGAAAGCUGCGGAAGAGAAGCUCAGUGCGAAGCAACGCGCAAAGAUCGUUUCCAAGGAGACCAUAUCCACCUCGGAAUCCGACUCGGAUAAUUCGAGAAAGUCGCGUAGCCGCAGUCGAAGUCGCAGCAAGAGCGGCAGCGGGAGUCCGCCCGCCGCCAAGGGAAGGAAGAGGAUCAUGUCGGCCUCCGAUAGCGACAGAUCCAGAUCAAAGUCGAAGAGUCGUUCCAAGUCUAAGUCUCGCAGCCGCUCUCGGUCCGGCUCCGGGAAGAGCCGCUCCAGAUCCAAGAGCCGAUCCAAGUCUAAAUCUCGUUCCAGGUCAAAGAGCAGAUCUCGUUCGAAAAGCCGUUCGAGGUCGAAGAGUGCCUCCAGGUCGAAGAGUCGAUCCAGAUCCAAGAGUCGCUCCAGAUCCAAGAGUCGAUCCAGAUCUAAGAGUCGAUCCAGAUCCAAGAGUCGAUCCAGAUCCAGGAGUCGCUCCAGAUCUAAGAGUCGUUCUAGGUCUAAGAGUCCCUCUAGAUCACGAUCCAGGUCAAAGAGCAAAUCUCGAUCCCGUUCUCGUUCGAAGAGCGGUUCCCGGAGCGGAUCCGGGUCACGAGCGUCGCGCUCGCGGUCUCGCUCCGGGUCAAGGUCGCGAUCCGGGUCAAGGAACUCGAGACCCGACACGCCCGUCUCAAGGAAGUCCGUAUCGGCUAGCGAUGACGAAAAUUAGUUUACUUUGUAAAUAUACGUUGACCAUAUUGACAACACUUUUGAACGUCACUUCUUGGAUGGUAUGGCAACCCCAAGGGAAAUCUUAUCUAAUAAUAUCCAGCAGUAAAA